AUGGACCAACCAUCGCCGUCGGCAGAGGACAGUCAACCCGAGAGGCAGUCAACUGGCACCCGUGGCACGCGUUUCUGGGCGGUGUUCGUCUCCUUGUGCUUUGCAUCCUUCGUGGCCUCGCUCGACAUCACCGCUAUCACCACUGCAUUGCCCACCGUUACACGCGAGCUAGAUGGCGGCGAGAACUAUGUGUGGAUUGCCAACUCAUACACGCUGGCGUCGGCCGUCGUGCAGCCCCUGAUCGGACAGAUCUCCAACAUCGUGGGCCGUCGGAAUCCCAUGAUCAUCCUCAUGUGCUUGUUCGCGCUGGGAAGCGGCAUCUGUGGCGGCGCGACGUCCACAGGAAUGAUGAUCGCCGGUCGCACCGUCCAGGGCCUAGGAGCCGGGGGAAUUCUUCUGUUGCUGGAGGUCAUCGUGUGCGACCUGGUACCGUUGCGCGAACGUGCACAAUAUGUUGGGAUUGCGUUGUCGACAUGCGCCUUGGGGAUCUCACUCGGCCCGCUGGUGGGAGGCGCCUUGGUUCAGCAUGCUACUUGGCGAUGGGUCUUCUACAUCAAUCUUCCCUGUGCUGGUGUGGCCCUUGUGGCUCUGGUUCUGUGUUUGAAUGUGCAGCAUAAACGGGAGGUCAGCUGGGGACGCGCGUUGGCCCGAGUGGACUGGGUGGGAAAUACGAUCUUCAUUGCGGCCAUUUGCGCCAUUAUGUACGCUCUGGUCAUCGGCGGAUCAGUCCACCCAUGGUCAUCGUACCAAGUGUUAGUUCCUCUGGUCCUCGGUGCAUUCGGUUGGGUACUCUUUCACAUUUUUGAGGCCUCGCCCUAUUGCCUCGAACCGACGAUGCCCCCACGGCUGUUUCGCAACCGAACCUCCAUGACUGCAUACGUUCUGGCCUUCCUCGCCGCAAUGCUGAUGCAAUGGGUAGUGUACUUCUUGACCCUGUUCUUCCAGACGGUCAAAGGACAAUCCACCACCAUGUCCGGUGUAGACGUCAUCCCCUUCACGGGGUUCAUGAUUCCCUCCGCUAUCGUGGGUGGCGCUAUCAUGAGCAAAACAGGCGUCUAUCGUCCGUUGCACUGGGCAGGAUUUGCCCUCCUCUCCAUCUGUAUGGGUGUGUUUAGCACCUGGGACGCAGGCACUCCUCGGGCCGAGUGGGUGAUCUUGCAAUGUCUCGUGGGUCUCGGACAUGGAUUGCUCUUGACAAGUGUUCUCCCUGCCAUUCAAGCUGCGCUCCCGGAGUCUGACAAUGCCGCUGCAACGAGUGCCUAUGCCUUUCUCCGCAGUUUCGGCUUCGUCUGGGGUGUCGAGAUCCCGGCCGUCGUCUUCAACGGCCAGGUGGACCGUUUCAUAAGCCGUGUCCACGAUGCGACUGUGCGCAACAAACUCGCCCACGGCGGCGCGUAUUCCUUGGCGGGUACUUCAUUCCUUUCCCAGCUGGGUGAUGAAGCAGACGCUGUUCGAAGUACCUACACGGAUAGCUUACGGACAGUUUGGCAGGUUGGGAUGGCGUUUGCCUUGCUCGGAUUCGCCUUGGUCGUGGUGGAGAAGCACAUCGAACUGCGCACGACGCUGGAAACGGACUUUGGCCUCGAGGGGUCGGAGAAUCGUGCGGCGACAUCAGUCGAAGGGGUAGAGACUGGUCCGGUCUCGAAGGCUCAAUAG